UUAUGUCAUUUAUCUUGGAAUAAAGUAUCCUGAUCGUGCUAUAAGUACAAAGGCAAGGCCAGAGCUUAAGGGUCCUCGUGGUUUUCCAAUUCUCGGAAAUUUUAUUUCAUUGUUGAGAAGUAAAGGAUACAUGUAUUAUGUUCUUGAUCUGAUCGAUAAGUAUGGCCCCGUUUUCACGUUUUCUAUCCCCCAAAAAGGUCGAUUUAUUUUGAUUAAUGAUCCACAGUUAUUAGAACAUAUGCUCAAAACGAAUUUUGAAUGUUUUGAAAAAGGUGACAUUUUACAUGAAUUAUUAUAUGAUCUAUUCGGUGAUGGAAUAUUUGGUGUUGAUAGAUAUCAGUGGAAAUUUCAAAGAAGAGUAUUAAGUUAUCUAUUUCAAGAAAGAAAUUUCAGAGACUUUAUCUACGAAAGCAUGGUAAAAAAGUCUAAGACGGUAUUAGACAUUUUACGGAAAUGUGCUGAUAAUGGAAAACCAAUUGAUUUACAAGAUUUAUUUUAUAGGUUCACUUUGGAUACCUUGGGAGAUGUAGACUUUGAUUGUUUAACAUCCCCUGAAAAACCAGUUCAAUUUGCCAUUGAUUUUGAUCAUGCUCAAAGAAUUGUAGAUUGGCGAUGGGAACAACCUUUAUGGAAAUAUAUUGAAUUAUAUAGCGAAAAAGGCAGACAAAUACGUAAAUCUAGCAAAAAUAUUGAUAGUUAUGUAUAUAAUAUUAUAAAUAGCCGUAGAUCAGACAUUGAAGUCGGAAAAAAAACAAAUGAUAUGUUAACUUUGUUUAUUGAUGCUGUUGACAAGGAUGGGGAGAAACUUAAUGAUAAAGAAUUAAGAGAU